AUGGCACCGAUUCCUAUCACGAUCGUCACGGGCUUCCUCGGGUCCGGCAAGACGACACUCAUUCUCAACUUGAUCCCCCAGCUGCGCGCCGCCAACCCCAACUACCGCCUGGCUCUGCUCAAGAAUGAGUUUGGCGACCUCGCUGUCGACUCCCAGCUUGCCGCGUCGAGCGCGGUCGCCGGUGUCCGCGAGCUGCUGAAUGGCUGCAUCUGCUGCAAUCUCGUUGGCCAGCUGGGCGACGCGCUGGAGGAGCUGACGACAGACAAGGGCGACGGUGCAGGCAUCCCGUCGCGCAUUGUUGUCGAGACGUCCGGGUCCGCCUUUCCUGCGACGCUGGCGCUCGAAGUCAACCGCCUGGCGCGGGCGACGGGCGGCCGUUUUGCGCUCGACGGCGUCGUCAGCGUGAUUGAUGUUGAGAACUGGGCGGGCUACGAGGACACGAGCUACACGGCCAAGCUGCAGGCGCGGUACACGGAUCUGAUUGUGUUCAACAAGUGGGAGGCGUGCAACGAGCAGCGCUUUGAUGUGUGCCUGGACCGGCUCGGCGAUCUGCACACAGACGACGUGGCGUGGGUCAAGAGCCGGCGCGGCUGGGUGGACGCGGGGCUGGUCUUUGGCGUGGAUGGCGGGCUGCUGGCCAAAGCACUAGGCGAUGGAACGCCCAAGCUGAACGGCGACAGCAAUGGCCAUGCGAAUGGCCCUGCAGACGGCCACAGCCACAACCACGACCACGAGCACAAGGACGACCACCAGUCCGAGGUCGAGGUGCUCUCUGUAACGCUCAAGGGGGACAGCGAAAACGCGUCUGUGGACGUCGCCAAGCUGUCGAAGCUGCUGUCGUCGGCUUCCAAGGACGAGGUAUACCGCAUCAAGGCCGUGCUCUCGGUCGAUGCUGCAUCGGCGUCGCAGCUUACGAACUCAGACGACAGUAUCAAUGUGAACCCAUCGACAGAAGAGCUAGCAGAAACAUCUACCUCGACAGAGAAGACGGGAACAGUACGUUACAUUCUCAACUGGGCCUUUGGCCGCUGGACGAUUACGCCCGUGGCACCGGGUAUAGACGAGCACGCAUCGAGCGAGCAUGCGCCCCUGCGCAUGACGAUGAUUUUGGCCCGUUAUGAGAGCACCAAGUGGACCAAAAAGUUGCAGACGGGCGACUUUUUGGCCCUGGCCGGCGACGCAGGCGCAGCGAAGGAUGCGUUGGCGGUUACAAAGAUUGCGUGA